UUUGAGCGAGAUUGGUAGUAAAGUUUCGCUGAGUCUCACCGUUAUCUCACCAUCUUGGGGGCCCGGUGAGCUUGGACUAGUCUCAUAUUUAUAUACGUCCUACAUUAUCAUUACACCGCAAGAUAAUAUGGGUGUUGAGGAUAUACCUGUAAAGCGAAGCGACGGCCGUUAUGAUAACGUCGACUUUCGCAAAGCUAUCGGACACAAGUUUCGUCCGAUUAAAUGCGCGUAUAACCGCCGUGACGUUUUGCUCUUUGCGAACGCAAUUGGUGCCCAGGCCGAUGAGAAGCACCUUCUCUAUGAGCUACACCCGCGCUUCGCCGCGUUCCCGACGUUCCCCAUCAAUCUAGCUUUCAAACAAACAGAUCAAGAUGUGUUCGACUUUGUGGCGCGCACUACAUCAGAGUCCGUACCGGGCAUGCCACCAUUUGAUGCGCAACGCUCCGUGGAUGGCGAGCGAGGCAUAGAGAUAUUGAGGCCAGUCCCGACAAGCUCGGAAGGUCUAGACCUAGAGAUACAUAGCAAGAUUGUCGGGGCAUACGACAAAGGAGGUGCGAUGAUCUCUGAGCAGGAGCACGAAUUAAUCGAUGUUAAGACUGGAACGGUCUACGUCAGAAUGACCAGCACGGCAUUCGGCAUGGGUCAGGGCGGGUACGGAGGUCCCAAGGGCCCAAGCAAGCCUGCUAUUAAGAUGCCCGCGCGUCAGCCAGACGCUGUACACACAUAUAAAACGACACCGGAGACGGCGCUUCUAUAUCGGUUGUGCGGCGAUUACAACCCAAUGCACGCAGACGAUGACUUUGGGAAGCGCGCGGGCUUCCAAGGGGCUAUUUUGCAGGGCCUUGGCACAUGGAAUAUUGUGGCGCAUGGAUUGCUAAGAGGGGUGGGUGGUUCGGACCCCACGAGGUUCAAAGCGUUUGGUGCAAGGUUCAAGAGCGUUGUCUACCCCGGUGAUGAGCUGGAGACAUGGAUCUGGAAGACUACGUCCGACGGUCGAUUCGACAACUACGUUUUCGAAACCAUCGUGAAAGGUGACGGUAGAGUAGCACUUUCGAACGGCUACGCCAAGAUCAAACGGCAGAGUAGCAAGUUGUAGUAGCAUAAGUAGCAUGACGGCAGGAAGCGACUUCAAAGUCCAAAUACUAUUAUCAUUAUUUUCAU